AGUUAUGGUAUAAUAUGACUGAUAUAACUAUUCAAAAUUGUUGGCAUAAAACAGAAAUUCUUUCAAACACAAGUAAGAUAAAAAUAGAAUUUGAAUAUCAAGAAUCUGAAAAUAAUCUGGAUAACGAUAAGGUUGCAGAAAUUAUUACAGACUUGUUAUUUAGUAAUAAUCCUGAAGUUUCUGAAAUAGUUUAG